GUGGUUCGUUGAAAGUCGAUUUUAGUGCGUUUUUACCUUCUUGCGUGCCCUUUAAAGUGUCUCUUUUGGUAAAGAAAACCUUUCACAAAAAUCGUACAGUUUUUUGCGACUGGACAAUUUACAAAUAAUCGCCGAAAACGUGACUUUCCUGUCGGCCCUCCGGAGGUAUGAGGAAGCAGUGGUGUUCUGUGUGUGAUGCGGCGCACUAGUGUGCGUGACAGUGACUCGAACUAGGUGCUGUAUACUCUGGGACUUAGAAAAUUUUUCGCAGCUCGGGUCUUGUGCUCGGACGGGCUUUGCUGAAAGUGCGAACUGACGACGGACUUGUGCUCUCUUCCGUACAUCAUCGUCGUCGUCGUCGUCGUUUUCGCACAGUCGUUGCCGUGUGUCCGGUGUCGUGGAAGUGAAGUUAAAAUUGUGGCACCAUGAGCGUGGAAACGGCCAUUCCCCCAGCGGGUCAUCCACAGCCAGCGGAUUCAUUGAAGCAAAUGAACGGAACAGCUGAUCGGCCGAACGGAGUGAGCAACGGGCACGCGGGCAGUGGUGGUGAGAACGGUGAGCGGCAGAAGAGCAGCCACAAGAGUUCGAGCAAAGACAAACACCGAGACAAGGAUCGGGACCAUCAUCGCUCGGAUAAGGACAAAAAUCGCGAAAAGGACAAAGGCCGCGAUAAGGACCGCGAGCGGGAGAAGGACAAAAGCCGCGACAAGGAUCGGGAUAAGCAUAAGAGUAGCAGUGGCACCGGCGGAAGUCAUUCCUCGUCAUCCAAGAGUGGUAGCGGUGGAUCGUCCAAGGACAAGGAGCGCAGUGAUAAGGACAAGCAAAGUUCCAGCGGAAGCAGCGGCAAUAAAGACAAGGAAAAAACUCACCACAGCAGCUCUUCGUCGCACAAAAGCUCCAAAAGUGACAAGGACAAGGAUCGUUCGAAGGAUAAGGACCGGGACAAGGACAGCAAGCAUCGGAGUCGCGAAGAUGGCAAGGAUCGUAGCGAUCGCGACAAGAAGGAUCGUGAUAAGAGCAAAUCCAGUAGCGACAAGGAUAAGCACAAAUCGUCCUCGUCUUCGUCGAGCAACAAGGAUAAGGACCGCGAAAAGCACAAGACCAGCAGCUCGUCGUCCGGCCGGGACAAACAUUCCAGCAGUAGCAGCUCGAAGCGGGACAAAGAAAAAUCAUCAUCGUCAUCUUCCUCGAAGCACAAGGACCGGCGGGAUGGAAAGGAACAACGCGACAAUGCUGCCUCCUCUGUGCCUGGUGAGGUGAAGAUAAAGGGGGAAACGGAUGCCGCUCCCCCAGGUUUCCUCAAUGGCGAAGGCCAUCUGGUGGCGCCCGGUGAUGCCACUGCUAACAACCGGGCAGCAAAAGAGCGCGAUCCGCUGGAUAUUUCGCAAGCCAGCUCGUGUGACUACUCUAUGUCCCAGUUUCGCGCGGAUGAGACCCCAUUCCCGCAAAAGAAUGAACCGGUGGAUCACAAUCAGUCGAAUCAGGAUGGCGAGUAUCAGGACGAGGAUGAUGACGAAGGGGAUGCCGAAAGCGGUGACAAUGAAGGCUCUGGUAAUGAGAAUGGACACUUCAACCAUCAACAACAACAACAGGCGCAACAUUAUCAAAAUCAGGGCGGUUACUUCGGUGGAAUGCAACAACAGCACGAGCAGUAUCAGGCAUCGAUGAACCAGAUCCAGAUCAAACACGAGCCUCUCGAUAUCAAGGCAGAACCUUAUGAGACGCAGAUCAAACAAGAGGAAGAUUCCGAGGACGAGAUUCCAUUGUCGAAGCGUAAGAAGAAAGAUUCCGAUGAGGCGUACGAGGAGGGCUCAAGCAAGAAGAAGAAGAUAAAAACAGAAAAAAAAGAAAAGAAGAAGAAUAAAAAAAGAUCGUAUGAGUCUGGCGAGGACAACGAUGACGACGGAGACUACGGCAGCAAGAAGACGAAGAAGUCAAAAGUAAAGAAGGAGCCAGUGCACGAGGCACCCAAGCCCACAAAGGGAGCUCUCAAGACGGAGGUUAAAACCGAAACAACCCGAACAAAAGGUGGUCGCCAGAAGAAGAAAGAGGAAGAGGAAGAGCAGGAAGUGUGGAAAUGGUGGGAGGAGGAGAAACGUGAAGAUGGUUCCAAGUGGACCUACCUGGAGCACAAAGGACCAGUCUUUGCACCGGCCUACGAACCACUGCCCCCGAGCGUUACGUUCGAGUACGCCGGCAAAAAGAUGCGACUCUCGGAGGGUGCCGAGGAGGUGGCUGGCUUCUACGCGCGGAUGUUGGACCAUGAUUACACUUCCAAGAAGGCUUUCAACGAAAACUUCUUCAAGGAUUGGCGCAAAACGAUGACACAAUCCGAGCGGGAAAUAAUUAAGGAUCUGGGACAAUGCAAUUUCCGCUCCAUGGCGUCACACUUUGCGAUGGUUGCCGAACAGAACCGCAAUCGUACGAAGGAGCAAAAGGCCGAGCUGAAGGCGGCAAACGAUAAAAUGAUGAAGGAGUACGGCAUCUGUGUGAUCGAUGGGCACAAGGAGAAGAUCGGAAACUUCAAGAUUGAACCGCCGGGUCUGUUCCGUGGUCGCGGUGAGCAUCCGAAGAUGGGCCUGGUGAAGCGACGCGUAAUGCCGGAGGAUGUCAUCAUCAAUUGCUCGAAAGACAGCAAAGUGCCGGUUCCACCGGCCGGUCACAGGUGGAAGGAGGUGCGACACGAUAACGGCGUGUCAUGGUUGGCCUCCUGGGUUGAAAACGUUCAGGGGCAGGUGAAGUACGUCAUGCUGAACCCGAGCUCGAAGCUGAAGGGUGAAAAGGAUUGGCAAAAAUAUGAGACGGCCCGUUCCUUGUUGAAGCACAUCGAUCAAAUUCGUAACACGUAUCGCGAGGAAUGGAAGAGCAAGGAGAUGCGCAUCCGACAACGUGCUGUGGCCAUGUACUUCAUCGACAAGCUGGCGCUGAGAGCGGGAAACGAAAAAGACGAAGAUCAGGCCGAUACGGUUGGUUGCUGUUCGCUGCGUGUCGAGCACAUUCAGUUGUGUAAGGAGUUGAACGGCAAAGAAAACGUGGUCGUCUUUGAUUUCCUCGGUAAGGAUUCGAUCCGCUACUACAACGAGGUGGCGGUGGAAAAGCGGGUCUUCAAAAAUUUAGAGUUGUUCAAGGAGAACAAAAAGACAGGCGACGACCUGUUUGAUCGCCUAAACACAUCGGUGUUGAAUGAAUAUUUGAAAAACCUUAUGGAAGGAUUAACCGCGAAAGUGUUCCGUACUUUCAAUGCCUCCUUUACGCUGCAAAAGCAAUUGGAGGAGCUGACGGAUCCCAAUAUGACGGUGCCGGAGAAAUUGCUGGCCUACAACCGUGCCAAUCGCGCUGUGGCUAUUCUCUGCAACCAUCAGCGGGCCGUCCCGAAAACGCACGAGAAAAGUAUGGGCAAUCUGAAGGAAAAAAUUCGUCUCAAGCGCGAGCAGGUGGAGCAAUGUCAGCAAGAGCUUAAGGAUCUCAAUAAGAGCAAUGUUCGUGAUGCCACCGCAAAGGAUAAGAAAACCAAGCAACUUGAGCGUUUAAUGGAGCAACUGAAGAAGCUCGAGCUAAUGGAGACGGACAAGGAUGAGAACAAGACGAUCGCGCUCGGCACUUCGAAGCUGAACUACUUGGAUCCUCGUAUUUCUGUCGCAUGGUGUAAAAAGUUUGGUGUACCGAUCGAGAAAAUUUUCAACAAAACUCAGCGCGAUAAGUUCCGUUGGGCGAUCGAUAUGGCCGAUGAGAACUAUGUGUUUUAAAAGGCUUCUAGAAUACCCGGGAAUACCGUUGGUAUCAUUUUGCAUUCAUCUGAUCAGAAAUGCAGAGAGAGAGAGAGAGAGAGAAAAACAAUAGGAAACGGCUGCGUCAAACAAAUUAUAUCCUUUUCCUAUAUACGGAAAUACUUUUCGGCGUACCCCGUCAUCUGUGAACAUUUAGAAAAUCACUUUUGCACGAUACUACGCGUGUGACGAGAGUGGACGGUCGAUACCGGGUCUCAACCUCGCGGAGGCAAUGUGUUUGUGACAACCGUCCACCAACAUUGCUGUUUCUCUUCCCCGCUUAUAUUCACCAUUGUGCAACAUCUGGUAAAGACAAUGUCGUGUGCUUUUAUCAGCAUUGGUUAGGAAGCAUUGGAUAUCCUUCGAAUACGAAUUAAAAUGUAAAAUGCUUCCGAAAGCCAUCGGGACACACAUACACUCACACACAAUAUAGAGCAUGAUGUGGGCCGAUUAUCAAUAAUAUGUACGUCCAAGGGCGUACUUUAUUGCGUUAAUAACAAUAGGGACUAGUUUUAUAACGUGUAAGAAAGUAUAAACGAAUAACUAGAUGAAUGUACCUACAGAUAUGAGCGAGGUAUAUAGAGUAGUGAAACAAGAAAAAAACGAGAACGUUUGUAAAGUUCUGCUUACUUCUUUUUUGUUGUUCUAGGAAAAAUAGCCAGGCAAUAAGAAAGAAACCGGACGAUUAGUGGAAAUCCACGCAACGGGGAGUGAGAUCGAGUGACAGAGAAUAUUUUAUUUAUUUUAGCGAAAUUCCAUCAAUCAAAAUGCUCGACUAUCGUUUAUAAUCAACUGCUUCAGGGUGGUAGGGAUCCUUCCACGUGUUGUAAAUGAAGAUUUAGGGGGAAACCAUAGGAAGGAGACACUAUGAAACACACGGACACAAAAGCAAGCACCCUACAAACUGUACGCAAAUUGUAAUUUUAAAAUUUUGUUUUUACUUUUAUGUAUUCUUCGGGUUUUGCGUUGGCACAGUGUCCACUGUGGUUUGCUGCCCAAUCCAAUUGAUCCCGACUGCCGGCGGCAUACGGAGAAUCCCGUAUGACUCUUUUAACUUACGAAAACAUCUUGCUAGACAAAUUACAACAUCGUGUACAAUCAGGUUUCUCGGGAGGGGUUUAAGUUAGGUUGUACCAUGAUUCCAUGUCCGUCUUUGUUUUGUUCCAAGCACAUGAGAUACGGAUGGGUCCAGUAAUAUAAUGUCUGCAACAGCUUGCAAGGGCAACGCUCUGAAGCCUGUGGAUGUAUGCCAAUGUGUGCGUCUUCAAUGUGCACUUCAAUUUUCUAGCCAAUUUUCGUCAACCCCCGAUACCAAACGCGAAACGUGUGUGGUGUGUUGUGUGGCACCCGGCCCUGUCCCCCUGGCCACAUUUAGCACAGGAAACGUGCGUCGAUCGGUAGGCCGAUUAAUUAUUUGGUUUUGUAAGCGGUUGCAUAAUGAUUGCGUUUUAAGUAAGCAUUGUAGGGUUAAGGAUCGAUGCGGUAUUCGUUUUGGAAAGGCAAAUUGAUGCUACAAUUACACUCAAAACACACAAACAUAGAAACGAUUGUAAAAUACUUUGGUAGGAUAUAAUAACUCAGAAUAUAUGAAAGUAUAUAAAAGGAAAAAAAAAUAACAACAAUUAUCAAGUAAUCGAACAA